UUUAAAUUGCAAAAUGUACGUAAUCUGUGUCACAGUGCUACUAUUUGGUAUUACAGAUGCGAGAGUCUACUGCCAGGACAAACACGCCGGUCCGUGGAAGCCGCUGGGAAAGACUUGUCAGAUCACAUGCAGUACUAUUGUAACUGCCAUUGAGAAAUUAAAACUCCAAGACUACGAACACUUAAUAACAGACAGAUUCAAAAACAAAAUUAACAUAUCGAACAACGACAUAUUAAACAUAGGCGAAAAUCUAAUAAAGGAAAACAUAGAAAGACAAUCAAACGCAAUGUCUUUGCACAACAACACACGACGCCAUUUAAAACUAUAUAACACGUACCAUAGACUGCUGUCAAACGAGCACUUCCCGCGCGCUUUGGACAAAGAAGCGGGAAAAAUGACAGCUCGAUUGAUGGCCGAAUGUCAAAAUAUAAAAUCAACGUCUAAAACUAAAGACGAUUUUUACAAAAAAUCCUAUUGGGAGAAAUGUCGGAGGAAGUUGUAUAAGAGGGUGGAUGUUUUGUUGCGUUUCAAGAAGUUUUUGAAUAAGUACGCCGAUCCUAAAUAUCAGUUUGACGAUAAGAUGACUAAAGAAAUUCUAGAAACAGUAGACAGUGACCAGACCCGUAGACUAAACCUAGACUUCACGAGCAUAAUGCCAUAUCUGGAGAAAGCACUGCGCUACCAUAAAACAAGGACUGACACUACACUAGUCAGUUUACGUGGAAGUACGUGUUUGGCGAUUUAUCUACCGGGCUGUUAUUGCAAAGCUGGAUACGUAGAAAACCAGGGUCAAUGUGUGAAACCUGAGUCUUGCGUCGAUAGCGAAUUCCCCGCUGAGUACUUAGAAAGAAUUAUAUUAUACUAAGCUUUAAAUAUAAAUCUACGUUGUUUUACUUGU